CCCUCUUGUGUUUUUUCUGCGCUCCGCCGUUGAGAUUAAUAAAAAAUUUUGCACCCGACCAGGCUCGUAUAUUAUCGCAUGAUUUUCUUAUUUUGCUCCUGAUUUUCUGUAGCUAGCUGAUUAAAAUUGUAUUUGAUGUUCCAAAUGUGUGCAUGACUGAAGAAUGCCGCCUAUGUGGAGACAAGCUUGUCCAAAUAUCCCAAGUUUUCCAAAUCCCAGGGCUGCUAUCCUAAAUUUUGUUAAAGGUGUUUGGGGACGUGGAAACACUACACUUAGUACAGCCAUUUAUUCAACCGAUAUGAAGGUUAAAUUACUUCCAGCAUUGCAAGACAACUACAUGUACAUGAUUAUAGAUGAGGAAACAAAAGAAGCCGCCAUAAUAGAUCCUGUGGAGCCUGAGAAAUGUGUAUCUGCUGUGCGAGAGGAAAACGUUAAAUUGACACAUAUUUUAACAACCCAUCACCACUGGGAUCAUGCUGGUGGCAAUGAGGAGUUGUGCAAGCUAAUUAAAAAUCUGACAGUUUGUGGAGGAGAUGAUAGAAUAGGUGCUUUGAAUAAAAAGGUUGAGGAUGGUGACAAGCUGAAGAUUGGAAAUUUAAAUGUCACUUGCAUCUUUACACCAUGUCAUACAAUGGGUCAUAUCUGUUAUCUAGUUGAAAGUGGAAGUAGUGUCCCAGCCCUUUUUACAGGGGAUACACUUUUUGUGGGAGGAUGCGGUCGAUUUUUUGAAGGAACUCCACAACAGAUGCAUGAAGCUUUGAUUGAAAAAUUGAGAAAACUUCCAGAAAGUACAAAUGUGUACUGUGGACACGAAUAUACGGUGAAAAAUUUACAGUUUGCAUUGCAUGUCGAACCUGACAAUAAAAACAUCCAGGACAAACUUGAGUGGGCCAAGAAUCGUCGUGAUCGAAACUUGCCGACAAUUCCGUCGACAAUCGGCGAAGAGAAAUUGUACAACCCCUUCUUGCGAACAGACCAACCAGUGGUUCAACAACAUGUGCAAAUGACAGAUCCGAUCGAUGUAAUGGGAGCCAUACGAAAGGAUAAAGAUAACUUUAAACCAAAAUAGACUGUUCAAGAAUAUUUAUUUGGUAUUGGAAAUAUACUUCUCUGUCGGCGAUAUACUCAAAUCAAAUACGCAUUUUUUUAUUUUAGUAUUUUGAUGUAGUGUGUUUGUUAGCGUGUCGUUUUUUGUUUGUUUAUUUGUUUUUCUUAUGUUGUUUUUCUAUAUUUUAUUUCAAUGUAAUUUUUUGUUUUUUAGUGUUAUUUAUAUUUGGGUACACAGUAGAAAGGUGAUUAGUUAGAAGUCAUUUUUUUAAUGUUUUAGCAAGCAUGUUGAGUAUAUACCUGGUAUGUUAUUGAUAUUUAAUGAUUAUACCACCUCAUAUACACACCACGUGUAUAUAUACAUUUUAUGACUCCUGCAAUAUGUGUACGAUAUAUAUGUUAUCAUGCAAAAUAUUUGCCUUAAGGCUAUAUCUUAUUGUUGACAAAGCCAAGUAUGAUGAUUCGUAAUGCAAGCUAUUGUUUAGGUAACAGUGAUAUCACUGUGAAAAGGAUGCACUGAAUUUUCUAUCGAUAUGGCGCGUCAUUGUACUGGCAAUGAUGUCAUUUUGAACGUAAAGUACAAUAUUCUGACUUAUUAGUUUCCAUCUCCAGUUUUAUUUCGACGUUGAUUUAUUAUUGUUUUCAACUUAAUUUUGUUAGAUCGUAGAAUAUUUUACGUCCGACUGAUAUUAUUGUAACAAUUAUAUGUGUGAAUUACGCGCUAAAUUGAUAA